AUGCCACCAACGGGCCUGUCUAGCCACUUCAUGUGUAUUCGAUUAUUUAAGGUUGUUGGUGUUUAUUCGAGUGAGAAUAUUUGCGACCUUCCGAAAGUUGUUGGACCAUGUCGUGGGAGUUUUCCACGAUUUCAUUAUGAUGUAAAAACUGGUCUGUGUAAAAAGUUUGUUUAUGGUGGUUGUGGUGGGAACGAAAACAAUUUCAAAACGAAAAAAGACUGUCUUACUACCUGCAAGAAACGAGUUUGUACAUUGCCAAAGAUAAGUGGGACGGGUCCAUUGUCUAUCUCAAGAUGGUUUUACAACGUCGAAAGUAUGAAGUGUGAAAAGUUUAUAUAUAGAGGAGGAAAACGCAAUAAGAAUAGUUUUAGAAACAAAAAGAAAUGUGAACGGCUAUGUAAAGGCAUAAAGAAAGAUCCAUGUGGACCAAUACGAGAUUGCGCACGACCACUGCCAGUGUGUUCACUACCAAAGUUAAGUGGAACUGGUCCAUUGUCUAUUCCAAGAUGGUUUUACAAUGUCGAAAUAAUGAAGUGUGAAAAGUUUAUAUAUAGAGGAGGGAAACGCAAUAAGAAUAGUUUUAGAACCACAAGGGAAUGUGAACGACUAUGUCAAGGCAUCGAGAAAGAUUCUUGUGGGCCACCCCGAGAUUGCGCUCGACCUCCCCCAGGUACUUGCGUGGAAUCCGUUUUUCAAAUCAUCAAUGGAGAGAAAUGUUACGCUGGGUGCAAAUAUCCAAGGUGUAAAAAGGGUUCCUGUCCGACAAGCGCACCACCUUCCCCGUGUAGUAACACAUGCAACGAAGGACACAACGGUGAUGACACAAGCUGUCCUGGUGAUCAACUGUGUUGCAGAGGAGGAUGUUGUCGGGAUCCAAUUCUAGAACCGAAAAUUGGUGAUUGCCCUAAAGAUCCAAGACCAAAAACUUGUCUUUUAAAACAAUCUGAAUGUCAACUGGAUGGACAGUGUAACGGAAAACGGAAAUGUUGCAGAUUUACAUGUCACAAAUUUUGUGUCGACCCAGAUGAAAAUAAAUAA